AUGGAAUUUGGAAACGAAUUGCGGCUGCUUAAAGAAAAUGCAGUAACAUUCUUAACUACAGUUAAGGAAGGCAGAAACAUGGAAUGUAAAAAAUUCCGUACUGAAUUAAGAGAAGUAAAAUUCAGGAUCAAUAUGCUCAUGUCAGACUAUUUAGAAUUGAAAGAAAAAAAUAUUGCAUUACAAAAACAAGUUUAUGUUGUGAAGAGUUCGCAGGUUGAGUUUGGGAAUUUAAAACAUGAAAUAGGGAGAUUACAAAAGGACAUGGAUAAAAAUGCAGAGAAAAAUAUGAAAGAAGCAUUGGAAUCUUUAGAGGUCUCUGAAAGCCUACCAGUGAAUGUUAUUUCAUAA